AUGUAUAACGGGGUACAUCUGGUAUUUACACCAGAAAUAAAAAAGCCAAUUCCAAGUAGCAUCAACAUUAAGGGCAUUCGUAUUUCGAUCCAGUACGAGAAUCAACCACAGCCCAUUAAACUAUGCUUUAAAUUCGGUGAAGAGGGACACAUGGCGGCUUCAUGCCCAUCUCUCAGUUCUCGCCCCAAUGUGACGGUUCAAACUGCUGCUGAACCAAAAGAGGUGCCAAAUGAACAGAGCGGCUUGGAAUGCUCUAAAUUCAAGGGGAAAGGCCACACCUCUGCAGACUGCCCUAACUACGGCAUCGAUCCACCAAUUUGGCCUUCCAGCGAUGACAUCACUGGUAUACCAGAUAAUGAUUCAGACCCGGCUCAUCUAACGAUUGCUGACACGCCAUUCAAAACUUCAGACAUCCAGUCAGCAAUCCACAAAAACAUUAGUUCCUUAGCCUCUGCAAUUAACACCAUCUGGAAGACGUCUACACCAAACUCUUCUCCUAUCCCAACUAAAACUGAUGUUCUACCAGAAGAAUGGCAGGACAUAAGUGAGGAUCACUACGAUCGUAGUAAAGAGGAAAUGGAGCUGCGACAAAGGGAAGAAAAUAUAAAAAAAGAUAAUGUUCAAUAUAAAAAAGUCAUAAUUUACAUAAUAAAAAUAGUAUUGCUAACUUUGCUAACACUGCUACUAGUAGUAGACACCGAGAGAAGGAUCUCGAGGCCAAUUACACCAGUAAAUAACAGAAUUCUGCCCCUUCUGGCAAAAGCAAAUGACAAUAUAAUUCUUAUAGAUGUUAUAAAUGAAUAA